AGCCUCGUGGUAAAAACGUCGAAGGUACGUUUUUGAGAGGAAGAAGGAGAUCAUAAGAGUUUUAUUUAGAAGUUUUGCAUAUUUUCCCCGUUUCUUCCUGUCUAAAAAAGGCUAAUUGCGAUAGAAAGUACCAUCAUGGCUAUGUCAUUUGCCUUGGAUCACGAUUACUGCUCCGUGGCUCCAUCUGACCAAGAUUCCAAGACCGAUACGCCGUCGACAGAUACAGGCGCAACGAGACCGAAGGCAAAGAGAAAGGAAGUUCAGUGUCCUAGAGUUGAUCCUGACAUGGAGCCGUUGCCAGUCGUUGAAAGUGUAAACCUCGAUGCGAGAUCAAGCUCGCUGUCUCCAGCUCACAGUAUGGACAGUGGAGUAGAUGCUGGCGUGGAAGAUUUCUUGGCUGAUUUUGCUACCUCUUGGGUUGACGAAGACUUCGGUUUGAACGAACAGGAUAUUAAAGAUUUGGAAGCUCUUUUGGAAAUAAGUGAAAACAUUCAAGCAAACGAACUAGCCUCUAACAAUUGUGAAAAUUCAGGUGUCGAUGAGACUCGUCGAAUCACAAAACCGAAUGUUCAGUGUGGUAAAAAGCAGCAGAUGUCGGAGGAAGACGACAAAGCCACCGCUGAAAGGAACAAGAGAAACGCCAUUGCUGCUCGGGAGAACCGACAAAAGAAGAAGAAAUACGUUGAAGGACUUGAGAACGAUGUUGCUCAACUGAAAGAAGAGAAUAGGACUUUGAAAACCCGCAACGAAAGCAUGACAAUCGUUAUCAGAAAGCUAUCAGAUGAGGUGAAAUACCUGCGAAGUGUUCUGGCUAACGAGAGCACAAUUUCGCUUCUGCUGAAGAGCGUGGCCUCUACACCUGGCAUUUCGCUGUCUUCUUCGUUGAUGCAGUCGUCGGGAAGCGAAGGAAACGAAAAAGAAAACGUGGAGGAGGAGAGGCAGUAUGUUACGAGAAGCAAGAAACGGCGGUCAGACGACGAGGCUACUCCAAGCAAGCGAACCCGCUCAAGUUCCUCUGGUGGUGUCUGUCUUCAUGUGAACAACGGCAAAGUGUCCUUGGAGUUGUGCGCAAAGUGUGAGAGGAAAGCUACUCAAAGUGGAUUCCUGUAAAAUUUCAAACAAAAUGUCGGUAUUCCAGGCCAAGUAUAAUAUUUCUACUUUUCUCAAACUGAAGUGUUGAUGCGAAUGAUGCAGUGGAACAACGACCAUAAACAGGGAAUGAACCCAAGUGUUCAGGUUUUGAGUUGCAGAGAUUCAAGACAGAAAACGAUGAAAAACAACAAAAAAAGGAACCGCCAAUAUGUAAUUUUCAUGAAUUUUUGAGCAGCACGCACUCGUCGUCUUUCUUUUUCUUUUCAGGUGCAGAACAAGAUCAGAUCCCAUCCUCAAGUUAUACAUGUCGUGGACAUUGACAGCACAGACUUCUAAACCGAAAUGGUAAAGUAUCAGAUUCCUAGGAUUUUGAAAGCUUGACCUUUAAUAAGUUUAAGACAGGUCCUGAUGCCCAAUGUUACCAUCAUUGUGAGUCAAAGUGGCAAUGGCAGACCCUCGUUACUUUUAGUGUACAUAAAAUGAAAAUUUAGUGUUCAGGGUUGCCAGCAAAGCUAUUGUCUGACAGUGUCAAAAUUGUUCUCAGCUGGUUAGAUUCUCCAAGAUACAACCAUUUUGAAGCUGCAUUGAAGACAUUUUCUUGUUUUGAAAAGAAAGGAAAAUUAACAAUCUUGUGAAUGAAAGGAACAGAAGGUAUCAUGAUCUCAAGGUGUCAUAUUCAAAUGUUUUUCAGGUGCUGCAGGGUUUGGUUGUGCUAUGCUCUUACUCUUCAAUUUAGUUGGGUGAAUUUUUCCAUUGUACAUGUAGUUCAUUUAAUUGUACUGCCCUGUGUUAUUUCCAUUGGGCAGCCAUUUACACUCUGUGCGUCGUAAGUUUUCACUGCGCUUAUUAUGAAGUUUCACGAAUUGACAAAACUGAGAAUUUAGGUCAUAAUUUUGAUCAUAGAUAGCUUUCAAAACUAACUGAAAAGCUUUGAUGGCAAGCACUACCAUCCCAUACAGUUACCUGGCCCAUAAUAGGGAGCUUAAGAAAACCAUAAUGGCAACAGCAACAGCAACGUCCCCAAACAAAAGGUUUAAUGAGCAGAACAAUGGCUGUGCAUAUCUGUUAUAAUUCUUGGUACAUUCUUUGCUGUCCUCUGCAAACAAUGUGAAGUGACCAAUUCUUUGUCUGGGGAACGUGAACCACCGUGGCUAAUUUUUAAAAUUUUAAUUUCAAAUUUACUGCUGUGUUCUGGAUUUAAUUUUGCGAUAGUUUUGACAGUGAUAAACAAAGUAAAUGACUUUAGAGUAUCGUGAGAUUCGUAGGUAAAGUAUAAUUCAUUUUUUAUUUAACGCUGUCCUUGCGUGGCCAUUAUGGUUUCUGAAACUCCCUAAUAAACUUGUCUUAAACACUCAAAAGGUCAAGCUUUAUUUCGUCAAUCUGGAAGACAUUGUAACUGACAAACAGUCAUUUUUCCUUUCAUGCUUCUUAAAGCUGCAUCAUCUACAGGCUUUGGAGAGCCCCUUCUGGACUACUACUAUAUGUAGGUAAUACAUAUUCUGUAAAAUUAAUUAGUAAUCGGAGACAAAGUGGCAAAGAAGACUCUCAAGAUGACCAUUAAGUUAUAAUCAGUAUUUUGAAGUUUCAGGAGAUAGUCUUAAGGAGGUUCCCUUUGUGUUAUUACAAUUUUGGAAUGUUCAUUUUUGGGUUAAUGAAAAGAUGGAUGACAUGUGUAUGUGUUCAACUUGGUUUUGUAAAGUCGUUCUUCAUUUUGUAUACCAUUGUUAUCCUGUUAAAAACAGCCACAGAAUCAUUUUGUACAUAUUAAGAAACCUUGGUGAUCCAAUGUAAGCUAUUGCCUUUUUGCAAGACAUAGCAAAUAACAAAAAUUAAAAAAAAAAAUUAAAUACUAAAAUGUAUAUAAGGAGUGUAUAUAACAAUAUUAGAAUUAAAAGGAGCUUUAUUUUAAUUAGA